AUGGGCGAAGGUCAAGAAUGGUCCAACGGCUUCUGGGACUGCUGCUCCCCAUGCAAGAUCUGCUGCCUCGCCUUCUGGUGCCCCUGCUGCCUCUUCGGCCGCACCGCCUCGCGACUCAAGGACCCAGCGCUGAAGGAGCAUGGCUCGAUGAACGGUGAUUGCUGCCUCUACUGCCUCGUCGGCUACUGCGGGCUAGGCUUCAUCCCGCUAAUGCUGAAGCGGGGCAAGCUGCGCGAGAAGUUCCAGCUCCAAGGGUCCGGGUGCGGCGACUGCUUCAAGUCGUUCUGCUGCCCGUGCUGCACGCUGAUGCAGAACGAGAAGGAGGCCGAGAGUCGGGCGGGCUUGCUGGAGAAGGGCGGGUAUCAGACGCCUGCGGGGAUGGAGUAUAAAUGAUUUUGUUUCCGGUGCUUGACUGUAAGGAUUGAGCUGGGAGGUUUG